AUGGAAGUUUCAAAUGCGACAUAUUUGGAAGCAAAUGAAUUGUACGAAUACGUCGACGGUACAAGUAUUAAACCAGAAAUAGAUACUGCAAAUUAUGCUGCGGACGUUAUUGUGUGGCGAAGAUCAAAUGCAAAGGCACGGCGUGCAAUCUCGACUGCAUGUCACAAGCAACCGUUGUUGCAAAUUAUGAAUUGUCAAACGGCGAAGGAUAUGUGGACAACGCUCAAAAGUACAUAUGAGCAAGCAUCGAAGUCAAACAUAGUGUUUUUACAACAGAAGUACUAUAGUUUCACGAAGGAGCCAACAGAUAAUAUCACUGUGUUUCUGUCAAAACUUAUGGAGAUUGUGCAGCAGUUGAGGGAUCAGAACGAGAAUAUUUCAGAUUCAAUGGUUAUAACGAAGAUUUUGAUGUCAUUGCCGCCGGAGUAUAAUCAUUUUCACAGUGCUUGGGAAUCAACGGGUCCGGAGAGUCAAACAAUGGCCAAUUUGCGUGCGCGAUUGUUAGGCGAGGAGCUUCGAUUAAAGUCACAAGACCAAGUUGAAAAUGUGGAGGCAUUGGUGGCUAAGAAGAAUCUUUGGAAAAAGAGAAAUUCGAAGAAAAACCAGGGUCAAUCAUCGUCGAAUCAAAAUAAGAAGAGUACUGGAGGAAGCGGUGGAAAUAGUGAGAGUGGCACAAGGAGCAACAAGCCAUGA